AUGUCGGGAAUUGGAGCAGCCAGAGGCGCAGCCACGAAACUAUCACUGCCAGGCCCGUUGAGGACCGUAGGAAAAAAGCACAUGGAAAUCGCCUCCCACUGGAUCGGCUCUGCUAUGUUCUUCGGCGCCACGGCUGGUGUUGCCUUAUGCUACGCGACCGACUGGCGAGUCGUAGUCGAUUAUAUUCCAUUUUACAACGGCAAAUUUAAGGAAUAA